AUAGAUAAUAGAAAAAAAAUAGAUUAGAUGGGCACAACAAUUAAACAUCACAGGCGGACAGAAAUCCAAAUGGCUAUCAGACGAUCACCGAUGGUAAUCCUCAUCUUCCUUGUCUUUUUCUCCGGCGCCCAAAUCGCUACCGCUGAUGAGCCGGUCCCGGCGCCAUGGCCACACCAAUUUCAUGCACUACUGUUCAUGAAUUACUCCGGAAACCUCUCGAUGAUUGACCUUUGGUACGACUGGCCCAACGGUCGUAAUUUCAAUAUCAUCCAGGAGCAGCUCGGUGGCAUCACCUACGACCUCGAAUGGAACAACGGCACCUCCUUCUUCUACACCCUCGACAACUAUAAAUCGUGCCGCUCAGCUCAACUUGAGGUUGGAAUCCUCCGACCAAACUGGCUAGAUGGAGCCAACUAUCUAGGCCAACAACUUGUGAAUGGGUUUCACUGCAAUGUAUGGGAGAAAGUAGACUUUAUAUGGUAUUAUGAGGAUGUCGAAACCAAGAGACCCGUUCAAUGGAUCUUCUAUACAGGGAGGGAGGCUCAUGUGAUGACAUUCGAGGUUGGCGCGGUUCUUGAGGAUGAGAAAUGGCAAUCGCCGGUGUAUUGUUUCAACAAAGAGAAGAAGAGUUUAUCAACUGAAGGAUCUUUAAGAGAGUUUAGAGGAUACAAAGGAAUGGCUGUUUCGUAAUGCUGGUUACUGAAAGAAUAAGAAAAAAGUAAUGCUAGUUACUGAGAGCUUUUUUUUUCUAGGAUCAAAAUAAGAAGCAGGAGCACAAGAGAGGAGAAGGGUGAAAUAAUUUAGAUUAUGGUUAUUAUGAGCCGUCUAAAAUCUUUGUACACGGACUUGAAAUGUUUUUAUUUUAGAUCUCUAGACUUGAUCAUCA